AUGUCUAGGAGGUCCACCACGUCGGCGGCCAACGGCGCCGUCGAUGCGGUCACCGGCGGUGCGUCACCAUAUAGCCAGCCGGCCUACGACAAGCAGAAGCUCCUGCUGUCGAGCGAUCCCGGGCACUUCUCGCUCAUCCGCGCGCUGCACAUGGCCGAUUUUAUCACGGAGCUGAAUGGGAUGUGCGGGGUGCUGUCGAUUUUCUCGUCGCUGCGGUACUGCAUCGACCCGUCAGCCGGCAACGGCAAUCUCUGGGCGGCUCUCGGGUUCCUGCCGCUGGGGCUGUUCUUUGACUUUCUGGACGGCAAGGUGGCGCGGUGGCGCAAGAAGAGCAGCAUGAUGGGCCAGGAGCUGGACUCGCUGGCGGAUCUGAUCUCGUUUGGCGUCGCGCCCGCUUCGGUGGCCUUUACGAUCGGCUUCCAGACCGCACUCGACCACGUGGCGCUGGCGUUCUUUGUGCUCUGCGGGCUCACGCGGCUGGCGCGCUUCAACGUGACGACGCAGGUGAUUCCCAAGGACAAGUCGGGCAAGGCGGCGUACUUUGAGGGCACGCCGAUCCCGACCAGUCUCGGGCUGGACGCCCUGAUGGCCUACUGGGUCUCGCAGGGCUGGACGCACGCGGCGCUGCCGUGGGGCACAGUGUUUGCCGGCACGGCCUUGGAGCUGCACCCGGCCGUCCUGCUCUUCGUCCUGCACGGCUGCAUGAUGACGAGCAAGACGAUCCACAUACCGAAGCCGUAG